AUGGAGAAAGUGGACCCCCUCAAAACCGAACGUAAAAGUUAUCAAACACUUGACAGCUACUCGCUAAUGAUCGUUUCAAAGUAUUUUGAGGAUAAAAAUGAUUAUAUUAAUAUCGUGCAAGUGUGUAGGAAAUUCCGCUUCACGUUAGAGAAGUUCAGGUUCAACCCAAUUCCAAUCACUUCACAUAAACUCUUCCCAAACAUCGAGACACUUGUUUUAUACUCGUCGGAUGAUAACGUCUUCGAUACGCCACUUAUUCGCGUUGAGUAUAACGUCGUUUAUUCUCAUUAUAAAAAGAUGGAUCAAACAAAGACACAGUACAAGCGGGUUGUAUUCAAUCAAUACGAGAGGAGGAUGUACAGAGGAGUCAUCUUUGAUGGAGUGACAACACUAACUCCUCGCUGUUUUGAGAAUUGCUCCGUUGAUGACAUUUCAAUACCGCCAUCCGUGCGGUCAAUUGGUGAAUUUUGCUUUUACAAGUGUUACAAAACAAAGACAUUGACUGUUCCAGGAACUAUUAAAAUUAUCCCAUUGGCGUGCUUCAAAGAAAGUUUAUUUAGUUCAAUUGAAAUAUGCAGAAAUGUGAGGUGGGUUGAAAACAAUGCGUUUGAGAAGUGCACACAACUGACGUCAUUGAUAUUCCCUAAUACAAUAGAACGGAUCGGGAAGAUGUGCUGUAGCCAAUGCCUUCAACUCAAGAAUUUAGUCCUUCCAAAUUCAAUUCCAGAGAUACCACCAAUGUGUUUCCAGUACUGCUCGACAUUACGAGAAGUCGUACUUUCAGAGUCCGUUAGAAUUAUUGGCAACUUUGCAUUUCGAAAUUGUAAAGGACUUCUUCAAGUUGAUUUUGGAGAUAUGUUGAGCUACAUAGGGGAGUCUGCAUUUGAAAAUUGUAUCUCACUUCAGAAGGUGCGUCUGAAGGCUGACGGUGUAUACAUUGGCAAAUUCGCGUUCAAAAAUUGCGUUUCCCUCUGCGAGGUUCAAACAACCAAAGGCGCAAAUAUCGAGAAAAGUUGUUUUGAAGGGUGCAAACUACUCUUUAGUUAUAUUGAGUUUCACAAUAAGUCAAAUGCGAUUCAAGUCUGA